GGUUCCUCCCACGCAGCCUCCCAUUCAAAUGAUGCCGAAGGGGCGGCGCGGCAGCCAGAGCCCCACGAUGAGCCAGCGGCCCGCCCCGCCUCGCUACUUCCCUUCUCUCUAUGACCGCGGCAUCUCCUCCUCCCCGCUCAGCGACUUCAACAUCUGGAAGAAGCUGUUCGUGCCGCUGCAGGCGGGCGGGACGCCGGCGGGGGCUCGGUCCCUGCCACAAGUGUCCUCGGCCCCGGCGCCCCCGCCCCCGCCGCCGCCUCCCGGCCUGGGUCCCCCCAGCGAGCGCCCCUGCGCCCCGCCCUGGCCCUCCGGCCUGGCCUCCAUCCCCUACGAGCCUCUGCGCUUCUUCUACUCGCCUCCGCCGGGGCCCGAGGCUGCCGCCUCGCCCCUGGUCCCCGGCCCUCCGACCCCCCGGCUCGCCUCUGCCUCCCACCCGGAGGAGCUGUGCGAGCUGGAGAUCCGGAUCAAGGAGCUGGAGCUGCUCACCAUCACUGGGGACGGCUUCGACUCCCAGCGCUAUAAAUUCUUGAAGGUGCUAAAAGAUGAAAAGUUACAAGGACUGAAGACCAGGCAACCUGGAAAGAAGUCGGCCUCUCUCUCCUGAGGAGCCGCCCACCUGAGUUUAGGCCGCCACCUCCAUAAGUGUUAGUGCUUAGAUAAUGUGCCCCGUUUGUUGUCAUUUCAAAGAUCGUUAUUUUCUGUUUUGUAUUUACUUCUGUUCUUGUUGCUCCCAGCACUUAACUCCACAUA